AUACAGAAGAAAUCAACAUUGCAACGAUAACGUUGAAGUGAGCAAAGAAGAGACAGAGACGACCCCAUCAAUCACCUUCUCCAGAUCUCGGAACCUCUCUUUUCCCUCUACCUUUGGCCCUUCGUGUCUUCCACUUUGGCCUCUUUUGAUGGGAUCCGCCGCCGAAGUCAAUGAGCCCACCACAGCCGGGACAGAGAAGCUCCACCACCCAGUAAAUUUGGAAGAAGAGGAGGAGGAGCAAGUUGUCGAGCUGGAAAGGAAAACGUCGUCGUUUCCUCACGGGAAGAGACCCGACAGUGCAGACGGUAGUACCAUCACCACCAACAAUAGCUCCUCUUCUAGCUUUUCCGAAGGGAUCCCUGAUCCCCGGAACGGCGAAGGAGAGCAUAUCGCAAUUGAGAACUUGGAGGUCCCGGAGUCGCCGGUAGUCGGAUUCCACGAGGAGCACCACGACGGGAACGUCUUCUUCGACGGAGAAGAAGGAAUUUGGAAAUGUCGCCACUGCGAUUGGACUUACAGAGAAGAAUCUUUGUUAUGUUUUGAGACCAAAGGCUCUGAGUCAGCUGAUGCAGAGCCUGAUGCUCAUGAGUCGCACACUGCUGACAACUUAAGCGCGGAGAAAAGGGAGCGUGCAUCUGAAAACGGUUCAGCUUCUGAGGAUAACAACAAAGGACCAUCAGGUGAAAUCGAAGAAGUACAAGACACUGAUUUACCUAAAGAGGUAGUUGCUGUUGUUGUUCAACGCACUGCUGAUGUGAUAGAGGAGGAAGAGGAGGUGGACAUUGAUGAUGUUGAAGAUUAUAAUGUGGAGAAAGUGCUUGAUAACCAAGAGACGCAUGAUUUGUUCUGUCCUAACUGCCAUUCUUGCAUCACCAAAAGGGUUGUCCUCAAGAAAAGAAAACGUAAGAUCAGGCAUGCUCCGGAAGAUCCAAAGCGCGUGAGAGGGCCUGACCCUAUUGAUCCUAUUCUUCGUUCCGAGGACAAUGAACCAUCUCCAGUUGGUGGUGACAGCUCUACACCCGAAUCCUUUUUCUACAAGUGCUUGUCCUGCUUCAGCAUAUUCAUACCCAAAGGGGUGGAUUCAAAGCCGGUUGCUCCCAGUGAAAUUGUCGAGAGGUUAAACACUCAGCCAAAGCCUCAAGAGGAAGCUACAGCCCAUUCCAACUGGUUUGGUUCAAUGUUUGGAUCGAAGAAAAAAGAACCACCUGUUCAGCAAGGUGGAGCAAUGCCUAGUAUACCGGAAGCUAGUCUGCCACGUGAUAACCCAAGCGUUUUAGGAGAAGAGACGGCUGGUUCAAAAGCACCAGCCCUUGUUCAGGAAGGUCCAGUACCUUCGAUUCAAGAUGUGUCAGAGAUCAGCGUCUCUCUAGACAAUAAGCCUGUUGAUGACACCCCUUUGAUUCAAGUUGCAAACUCAAAUGAUACAGGCAAAGGUGUUAACAGUGGAGCUACCGUUGAAAACGGGCAACAGUUUCUGGUUCCUUCAGCUGAUGAGGAGCAAACACAGCAAAAAAUCGACAGGGAUGGUGCUACUAGCGCAGCAGAUGAGAACCACUCGCCAGACAAAGGACGUCUCUCCCCGAUUCAACCAUCUCGUGAUAUGAACAUAUCAAACAUUGUGACUAGUGGACCCGAUGGAGUAAGAGUAGAAACUAUAUUUCACACAGAAGGUGUCUCUCAUCUGUUUGAAGGAACAGAACCUAGAAAGCCAGAUUUUGGUCUGGCCAAAGUAACAGGUGUGAUGGAAUCAGGUGACGGAGCACCAAUUCGUGGAAUUGAUAUUCCACCACUCCCACUGAGUUCGCUGGAAGAAGGAACUCUAACCGAACCGUUAGUGGGACCAGCUGUUGCAGGACCAGUCGUUGAAGGACGUAAAGUGGAGAUCUUGAAAAGCAUUGUAUAUGGAGGUCUGAUAGAAGCCAUCACAAGCCUCGGUGUUAUCUCAUCUGCCGCUGGUUCUGGUGCUUCAACAUUGAACAUUUUGGUAUUGGGGCUUGCAAACUUGUUUGGCGGGCUUAUUCUCAUUAUCCAUAACCUCCAAGAACUUAGAGAGGAGGAACCCAUAACAACAGAGGAUAACCAGACAAACGUUCAAGAAGAAGGUCGGUACAAGCGACUCCUUGGAAGAAGAGAAAACUUCACGCUCCACGUAACAGUCGCAAUCAUAUCCUUCAUAAUCAUGGGGCUACUCCCUCCUAUAGUCUACUACUUCUCAUUCAGCAAAACACACAACAGAGACUACAAAGUCGCAUCAGUCUUCGGGGCGUCUCUGCUAUGCAUCGUCUUGCUGGCUCUAGCCAAAGCUCACGUGAGGAGCCCGAGAGGAAGCCACCUGAAGAGCGUUCUGAAAUACGCGAUGAUAGCUGUGUCGGUGUCGGGGAUAUCUUACGUGGUUGGUAACUUUGUGGAUCACUUGCUUGAGAAGUACGGAUGGUCUGACGGAUCGGAGACUCCGGCGGCAGAGAUGAUGCUUUCACUGCUGGGGAGAAAGGCUGGUAGCUUCGGGUACUCAUCAUCUUACUAGAACUGUAUCUCGUCAACCUCAUAUUCUACUUUUCGCUUCCACUCUGUGCUUUGAGAGAGCUGUCGUUAGACUUUUUGUUUGCCUUUUAAAACCAAACCUUUGUUGUGACUUGUGACUUGUGAGUGUAGAAAGUCGUUUCCAAGCACACAAAUAAAUUGCGACGUGAGGUUUGCCCUUUUUUCAAUUCA